AUGACAGAGGUCUCCGGCUACUGCCGAAGAGUAUCCUUUAACAAUGUCCACCCGGACGACGAGGCGUCCCUGCGCUUCUACAACUACUCCUUCAACGAGCCCGUGCUGCCGACUGACAACCGCCUCUUCAACUACGCAUUUUCCCACAAACGGGCUCGGCUUCCUGAACCGCCUUCCAAGCUGAUAUUGAAGAACAGGCUUUCCAAGCAGCAGCUCACCGAUAACCUCGCGCGUGCCCGCUCCUUGGGCGUGUCGUACCACGAUAUCAAUGACUUGGUGGACUGUCCUCCGGAAACGGUGCCUCGCCUGGAACUAGCCCUAGUAAGUGACGACGACGAUGAGGACGAUAAGCUGCCGCGUGGGCUGGUGGCCGAGCUCAGCCCAUUCGGCCGCCGCAAGUCCUAUUCUGGCAUGUCCGAUGAGGAGCUCAUGGCCCUCGACCCGCAGUUCAACACCCCAAAGCUGUCGGACAUCAACUCCUUCAAGUUCGACUCCCAGCAGACAUACUACAGAAACAGCCCCCGCCGCUCGUCCGUGGCCCCACCCAUCAUAUCCAAGCAAGUGAUCUACCCGCUGUCCAACGAAAACAACUACCCCUCCAUCUCUCUCACUACCAAGCACGAAGACUACGACCACAACAUACUGACCGCCCGCAAGCUCUUGACCGUGUUGUCAGGCCGCAAGCACACUUGGAACUCGCUAGACUGGCUCUUGCAAAACCAAAAGACAUCCGACAUCGGCUUUCUCCAGAACGGCGACUACUUGAUCGUGGCCGCCUUAGUGCCCCUCAAGUACUUCAACGCCAAUACCCAGCGUAAAAAGAAUGCUCUUGAGGACCGUCUCUACAAGAAAUGCGAGCAUUUGCUCAAUUACAUUUUGCAGUCGCUCCCUGACCAGCUGCUCUGCCUCAAAGUGACUGUGGAGUUCAUCAUCGAUGUCGCCCCAGCUGAUCCCAUGACGCUCGGCGGCAAAAAGGCUCCGCCCGUGGGCACAAAGUUCAUGCUUGACCACAUCUUCAAGCAGUAUCUGCCCAACUUGGUGAUAUUGGGCAACAAGAGCACGAACCUCAAUUUCAAAUACCCCAUGCGCAAGUCCAAGGUGAGUCUGUCGAUGUCGUCUGCAUCCACACCCAACAAUGGCCUUGCGCUUUCGAAGUUUGCGCUGGCACCUCAAAUGUCCUCCAACGACGAUCACGAAAUGUAUCUUAUUAAAUUAAGUUCCUACGUCAUUAAGUACUCCCCUGUACCUGUUAUUGUUGUGGGACCCUGA